UAUAAUGGGAGAGCAGAAGCGGCUUCAGAGCAGUCGGCAGCAGCCCAGCCCACGGCGGCCCCCGGCAGUGAGUCGGUGGGCCGGGGCUCACCCGCCUCCAGCCUCUGCAUGGGGAACACCAUCAGGGCCCUGGCGGCCUUCAUCCCCGCUGACUGCUGCCAGAACUACGUGGUCAGAGAUCUCCGGGAGAUGCCAGUGGACAAGAUGGUAGACCUGAGCGGGAACCAGCUACGCCAUUUCCCCGGGCACGUGUGCUCCUUCCGGGAGCUGGUCAAGCUCUACCUGAGUGACAACCACCUCAACAGCCUGCCGCCUGAGCUGGGGCAGCUGCAGAAUCUGCAGAUCCUGGCCCUGGAUUUCAACAACUUCAAGGCGCUGCCCCAGGUGGUGUGUACUCUGAAACAGCUCUGCAUCCUCUACUUGGGUAACAACAAACUGUGCGACCUCCCCAGUGAGCUGAGCCUGCUUCAGAAUCUCCGGACCCUGUGGGUCGAGGCCAACUGCCUCACCCGGCUGCCAGAUGUGGUCUGUGAGCUGAGUCUCCUGAAGACCCUGCACGCCGGCUCCAAUUCCCUGCGUCUGCUGCCAGGCCAGCUCCAGCGCCUCCGAGAGCUGCGGACCAUCUGGCUCUCGGGCAACCUGCUGACUGACUUCCCCCCUGUGCUGCUGCACAUGCCCUUUCUGGAGGUGAUCGACGUGGACAGGAACAGCAUCCGUUACUUCCCCAGCCUGGCCCACCUAUCGAGUCUGAAGCUGGUCAUCUACGACCACAAUCCCUGCAGAAACGCACCCAAGGUGGCCAAAGGCGUGUGCCGUGUGGGAAGAUGGGCAGAGGAGGCGCCAGAGCCUGAGCCCAGAAAAGCCAGACGCUAUGCCUUGGCCAGGGAGGAAAGUCAGGAGGGAGAGACACCUGCCUUGCCUCUACUUCUUCCUCCCAACUCGUAAGGAGCUUCAGCUGUAGGUCAAUGCCAACGAGCCCACGCCAGCAUAUUCUGGAGACCUCUCCUUUAGAGCAUACAGGAUUGCUCUGGGACACGCGGGAUGCCUCUGCCAGUGGGGAGUGAUGAAGUCAGAAGAAAUGCCUCAAUCACACUGAGAGAAUUUCUGGCCAGCAUCUCUCCCAGAACAAAGUUGUGUGCUAUGCGCAGCCUCACUCUCUGCAAGCAAAAUCAGGUGUUUUGCAACACUGAAGAGUAAGAAGGGCUAGGACGGUCUGUCCUCAGCUCCAGAAGUGGCUGGUCAGGAUGCUCACAAAGUCCUCGAAUAAGGUAUUUAUUAUAGAAUUCACCUAAGAGUCCUGUGGCCUGCCUCCAGCCCUUUGCAGAAUAUAUUUUUACUAGGAAUGACCAUAAGUGAUACGAAAGUAGAACUAAUUCGGACCACUUACAAAGGACAUUUCUACCCAGUCAGACUCAGACUCUGCGCUGUUGCAAAGGCUCCAGAUGAAGCUUUCCCCCUGCAGUUUGGUGAACGCUCAGAAGACCUCUGAAAUGGCUCCUGGUGGAGUCCAGCUGUCAUCUUACACACUUGACAGUGGUUCAUGCUGAUUUAACUUGUUUUCCCUAAAGUUCAAGGUGUGACCCCAGGUCCGCUCUCAGCUGCUUACUGUCACUAUAAUGCUACAAGCCCUCCAGAAAGUAGAACCCCUCGUUGGCAAUGUGGUCUUAUUAAAACCUGCCUGCCUCCACA